AGCCAGCCGAAUGUCAGUUCGCGUGGCUGUGCAGUCGUGUGUGGUUAGAAUCUGGUGAACAUGGGAUCGUGAGGUUGUUUACAAUGCUAUUUGCUGUGAUCGUGAUAAUUCUCGCAGGUUGGUGUGGGGCCCAGGAGACUUUUUAUUUCUCUCGUAACCCUGUUAACGCGGAUGUGGUGGCUGGCUCGAACGUUACUCUUGAGUGCGAGGUGUCGAACGAGGCGGACAUUACGUACUAUUGGCAGCUGAACGGGGUUCGACUUGUGAACACCACACGGCGCUACCAGCGGGGAUCGCACCUACACAUCACGCGGGCAGAUCGCAUCCUUGAUUUCGGGGAGUUCACCUGCAUCGCCAUGAACGUCAGCAAUGGCUUCUCGCUCACGAGUGUGGCCGCCUCCCUCAACAUAUUAUGGCUGGGGGAGCCCGUCCUGGUGCAGCUGCAAUCGCCAGACUCGCCCCACAAGAUUGCGGCAGGCAAUGACGUCACUCUGAGGUGUAGCGUGGACGGCAGUGGCGAAGUCCACAUCGAGUGGUACCGGAAUGCAGAUCGCUUGACCAAGUCAGAUACUGUGAGCUUCGGUAAAAAACGGCUGCACUUAAAGAAUGUAUCACCAAAAGAUAAUGGAGUGUAUCGGUGCGUUGCUCGCAAUGAAGCCGGGUCCAGAAACAGUGCUGACAACUUCUCAUUGGCUGUAGCAGAAAAUGGUUCGGCCCUCAUACAAGUUCAGCCUCGUAAUCAGCUGGUGAGGAAGGGUGACUCCGCUCAGUUUGACUGCGUGUACCAGAAUGCUAACAUAACUGAGUGGUACUUCAAGGGGAAGACAGAUCCUAUAUCAAAAAAUAGCACCAGAAUUACUGUGUUUGCUAAUGGCUCUCUGCUGAUCCACAAUGUCAGAGCUUCUGACGAGGGCUUUUACUCCUGUGUGGGGAUUCCUGUGGAUGCAAACCAAGAACCUCAGACCUAUACUUCAGAGUUGAACAUUGCUUAUCUAGAUGAACUGACUGGCAGCUCAUUUGAGCCACCUCUGCCAGACAGCAGGACACGCAUUGUGCCAGAGAAGGCAGAGUUUGAGCUGACAUGCUUACCAGUGGCUGGCAAUCCCCCAGUACGUGUCUGGUGGCUCGACCCGCGCGGACACACUGUCACCGAUAGCGGGCCGGUAAGAGUGGAUGAGUCGCGACUUAUCAUUGAGGCCGCGAGAGCUGUGGAUGACUCGGGCAAUUACACCUGUGUUGCAGAGAACAUGGCUGGCACCAGGAUGGCAUCCUUCAAACUUGUUGUGUCCACUCCACCUAACAUAGUGUCAGACCCACUGAGCAUGUCCGUAGAAGAGGGAGCCAUUGCAUCCCUAGGCUGUCAGUUCCAUGCCAUGGCUCAUCCUGUCACGAUGGUUCUGUGGAGAAAGAAUGGCAAGCUGAUAAGUGAAGAUGGUUCCCGCAUUAAGAUGAACAGAUCUAAUGGCACGCUCGUUAUCUCUGAGAUCGAGUUGGAUGACCAUGGGAACUACAGCUGUCUAGUGAACACUACUGGAUUCAAACCAGUUCAUUCCAAACCAGCCACCGUGCUCGUCAAAGAGAGACUGAAGUUCUCACCUCGACCUGUGAACAAAAAACUGGAGCUGGGAUCAUCAGCACGAGUAUACUGCAAGGCUCAGGGUGCUCUGCCCCCUGUCAUCAAAUGGUUCAAGGAGGGUCAACAGGGGGAACAGAAGUUUGAGAUUCCUGACAAUGUGAAAGACAUCAAUGGCACGUUACACUUCAGUAACGUCACAGCAGAGGACAAGGGGCGGUACAUGUGUGUUGCCACCAACUCUCAGGGCAUUAUAAAUGCCACUAUUGAUAUUGAUGUAAUAGUGACACCAAAGUUCCGAGUGUACCCCCAGAAUCCUACCGAGGCAUAUGAGGGCUAUCCUGUUAUGAUCCACUGCAUUGCAGAGGGAGACCCAAAACCAACAGUCAAGUGGGACCGGAAUAGCAACUUCAGUGGCUUUGACCGCAGCAGAUUCCAUGUUCUGGAGAAUGGUACACUGUUGGUGCAGGAGGUGCACAUGGCAGACAGUGGAAAGUAUGGCUGCACGGCUGGCAACAGCGGUGGCUUUAAGCGGGAGGAGGUGACUCUCAUUGUGCGGAGCCCAGAGGGCUACCACCCCAGUGAGGAUCAGGAAGGCGAUAGCUCCAUGAUGACCAAGACCUUCACUAUUACACUGAGUAUUGCAGGCUCAUACAUGAUGCUUGUGGUGGGACUGAUGAUCUGGUGCCGGCACAAACGCAAACGCAGAAAACAGGCAUAUCUCAAUGCUAACGGAGCUGAAGGUACAGACACUCUGUUGACAAAAGCCGAGAAUGGUGAGGCAGGGGGGGAACACACGGAGCUCAAGGAAGCAACAGCCAGUCAGCAGCUGCGUGAUGGUGGUGGAGAUGGGGCAGACACUGCCCAGUCUCACAGUUCCUCACAGAGCCGACGCUCCAACAAGAGUAGCAGCUACGACCGACUGGCAUUCCCACGCCAAGACCUGCAGAACAUGGUCCUGUUAGGUCGAGGGGUGUUUGGUGAGGUGUUCCUGGCAAGGGCUAAAGGACUCCAUGAUGGUGAGGACAAGGAAAAGGAGACAGUGGUGAUGGUGAAAUCUCUGCAGAAUACUCAGGAGGACUCGGCAUUGCAGGAGUUCAAGCGAGAGCUGGAUAUGUUUCACAAACUGCAGCAUCAGCAUGUGGCCCGGCUGCUGGGAAUGUGCCGAGAAGCUGACCCACAUUACAUGAUUCUGGAGUAUAGUGACUGGGGAGACCUGAAGCAGUUCCUACUGGCAACUCGAGGUGGGGGCAAGGAUGGGAACUCAUCAAGGGCUUCAGGUGCGGGGAGCAAGAGCCCACGCCCUCCACAGCUCUCAGUGACGCAGAUUAUUCAGCUGGCCAGUCAGGUGUCUCUGGGAAUGGAGCACCUGUCAAACCAGCGCUUUGUGCACUGUGACCUAGCUGCCCGCAACUGCCUCAUUGCUUCCAACCUGACAGUGAAAGUGUCUCUCUCAGCUCUGUCUAGGGACACAUACAGCAAGGAAUACUGCAAAUACCACAAUGAGGUAAUACCACUACGCUGGAUGCCAUAUGAAGCUGUAUAUGAGGAUGAUUACUCAACCAAAUCAGACGUAUACUCAUUUGCUUGCCUAGUCUGGGAGAUGUUCUACCAGGGAGAGCUGCCAUUCUCCAAGAUGUCGGAUGAUGCGGUGCUUGCAGCACUCAAAAAACAUGAGCUUCAGUGGAAACCACAUAAGGCGGCACCUCAGUCAUUGCAGUCUCUUCUUGUCAGUUGCUGGUCUGACAGUCCACGUGACCGUCCCACUUUCUCUCAACUCAGUAUCACUAUUGGCGAAAUUUCUAUUGACAGUGCGAUAUGAAACUGUUUAUAAAGAUGGCUAGAUGGCUGUACCCUCCAGAUUCCUCUAGCAUUUGUAGCAGUGGCUUUAUUGCAGCAGGGCGUGUCCAUAUUACAUCACUGUAAUAUAUAUGCCUAGUUACAUAAACACCGAGUUUGAAAUUGCAGAACUAAAUGCAGGGGUGAUAUUUUUGUUCAUGGUAAUUUUUAAUAUGUUCUUGAAACUUGUGUAGGAAAUUAGGUAUGUUGGUAGGAUGAUGGUAUCAGAAGUUCAUGUAAAUAAAACAAUUGGUUAAUGCUCUACAGAAAAGAAGUUUACGGCAUUAAGGAAAAAUUGAAACAGUUGGAAGUAUUUUAUGAAAUGUGCUGUGGAUUUUGGUUGUGGUAGUUAUGAAAAAGAAAUUUUUACAUCAAGCGUACUGUUGCUUUUUAUUAUGUGUUUUUAUACGGGGAAUGGAGUAUAUUUUAGUGUUAUGAAAGUUUUGUUUGUUUUAAUAUAUACAUAACUGAGAUUCAGAAUAAUUGUUUGGGCAGGAAUUUAUGUCUUAUAGUGUACUUCACCAGGCUUAGUCUUUACCAUGCUGGGUUUUAUGUAAGGAACUUUUCUGUUACUGUGUAUACAGUAAUUCCUAUUGUCGAAAAGCUACAAAUGUCAAACAUUAAUAUUUGAGAGGUAAUGGAUACAUUUCUAUCACUGAUCUUUUCAUAACUAAUUAACUCCUCCAUUAGCAUCUCAUUUCAUUCUGUAACAAUCUAGUAUGCUCUUCCUUGAGUGUUAGACUGAGUUGCAUAUGUGUACAGAACCUAUCAAACAUAAAAUACAUUCAUACCAGAAGGAGCAAACCAUCUAAAUGAGAUAUUUUUUGUGCAGCAGGUGCAGAAUACCUGAUCAGUGUGUGAUGUAGUAUUCUGAGUAACAUGUCUCCAAAUGCCAGAAUAUGUAAUUCUUUGAGAAUUUUAAGUAAUGAACAAAGCCAAAAUCAGAACCAUGUCCUGUCACAUAACAAGUCAAAUUACUAUUGAUAUAAGCAGCGAAGCAUUUAUUGAAGGUCAAGAAAUGUUGCCUUCUUGAAACAAGAUUUUAAUGCUCAUACAGUAAUAGAUAUUUGCUGACAUUAAGAGGUUAUGUUUUCUCUUGGUUUCUAUGCCUUAUUACUAAUCAUAUAUGGUGAUUAUGAGCUGAACUUUUGAUUUCAAAUUUAAUUAUGUAGUUUUUUUUUCCAAAGUGAGGUUAAGAUGGACAUCCUCAGCUGCAGUGCCACUGUUAUUUAGAUGCUGUGUGGGGGUACUCAUUGCAAAGUUUAUAGAUUUUUUAAGAACUUUUAAAUAUUGUAUAUUCACCACAUUUUUAUUUAUUUUCUUGCUCAUUUAAGAAGACUGUUAACAUAUUUACAUCAUAUCACUUUCAAAGUCACUAGAAGAGAUGAAAGUGAUGUGAUAAAGUUUUGUAAGAGUAAUAAUUUAAGGACACUUUCUGUGUCUAAACUUUCUUCCAAGACAGAAUGCAGUGUGUGAUAAUUAUUCUAAAGUUUUUGUAUACUAUGUAAUCUGUUUUUACUACACUUUUUCAUCAUAAUUUUGUACAGUGCUCUGCUGCAUUACAAUUGUGUGUCAGGAUAUCAUACCAACAUCUCAAAUGUACCUGCCUGCCUUGUUGGGUUUGGUAUAUUUUGUUGCUAUAAAUUUAACCCUGACGUGCUGUUGUGGUGACCCCUGUGUGGACCAGAUAUACUGUGCUGUUGGCAACCCCUUUAUGACCGAAGAUUAGCCUAAAGUUUGCACUGUAGAUGCACCAUUGUAUGAAUGGCUUGACCUGACAUGAAGACUAAAAUCCCAUGUUGUUGCACUGUUGGUCACGCCUGUAUGACCAGUCGAUGGCUUAAGCUUGCCGUUGAGCUGUAGUCAUAGUGAGUACCUUAAGUGUGGAGAAGUGAUGCAGUUGCUGUCAAAUAUAUUUUACUACAGUAACCCCCGUGCUGUUCCAACUGCAAUGAUGGUUAAGCUCUGAUCAUGAAAUUUUGCAUGCAGAAAAAUCCACGUUAGUCAAGAUGAUGAAUAAAAGUCAUGUACAUUCACUCAUCUGGUAAAGUGAACUGUGGUUGAAAUCCAGAGAUUGAAUACUGUAUGUAGGUGGUAGUAAAAUCUUUUCCAAAUAUUGUCAGUCAAAAUAAUAAUGUGAACAGCCUCUAGCAGGCUUCUUGAAGCUAUAUACAUAAAGAUAAAGAUAAAGAUAAUUGGCUGACAAACAUAAAAGUUGCUGUCUGCAUGCACUGAAGGUGUAGGGACUGUGGAAAUGUUAAUAAAUAAACGCUUCCACAGGGAAAUCGGCGCAUGGCAAAUGAAUUUCCAUAAUAAAUUUACAGUUGGCUGAAAAUGAACUUAAAUCAUUAAAACUAAAGUAAUGUGGUCUUUAAUACAGGUAGAGGACAUUCUUUGGUCUGAAGAAAACCUGUAAACUCUAUUGCAGUAAGUGAGAGGACAGACAUGAUGCUCACUAUAGAACUAGUAAGAGACAGUUGUGAUUAUGAAGAGUGUUACUUGAGACUAAUUUUUACAAUCAUUUGUUCAAACAGGUAUUAUCACUGUGUUGGCGCUUUUCUGUCAUUUGUCUAACAAUCUGUGUUUUGCCUUAGAGUGGGAGACCAAGUUUAACAUCCAUACACAGUAACAGGUAAAAUUAUAUGCUAAACUUUUCAUUUUUAGAUAGGAGUAUGGAAUAAUGAACUUGGAACUGCAUCCUCAAAAAUGAUUUUUUUGACUUCUUUGUGAAUGAAAUUUUGAUUUGUUGCUGUUACCAAAAAUAUGAACUUUGCUAUAAACACAUACAAAAAAUGAAAAACAUGAAUGUGUUUGUAAUAUUUCUUAUACAAAGUUCCAUGUGCUUCAGCUAUCAGUAUCUAACAGAUAAGUAAACUUUUUACGCAUGACAUGUAGUCUUCAUACUAAAUGGCACUAGUAUUGUUCCUCUUCCAUUGGUCUGAAAGGCCAUAUUUUUUGCCCUGAACUAAUGUCAGGGCAAACUCAAAUACCAUGACUUUGCAAGUGAGUUUCAUAGCAAUGACAAAAAUUAUUUCAUAGGUUAGACAAUAUGAAAUGUGUGAUUGUUGGCAGACUCUGGUAAUGGACCAUCUUAAAGUAAACAGUUUGUUUCUUAGGUUUGUUUGGAUAUUAGUGAUGGCAUUCUUGUCUGCAGUUAUAAAAAAGUUAUGAUGAGAGGGGCACAUACCAGUGUAUGCCCAAGAUGAGCAUGCAUGACCAUUUCAAAUAAUGUCUAGAUGUAACUUUAUAUAUAAACUUUUCAUCUCAGGACCAGUUCUAAGCACAAAGAGUGAGUGAGGCUAACUUUCAUGUGGCUUACUGUAAGUAAUACAGAUGUGUAUAUGGUGUGUGUGUGUUUGUGUAACUGUAACAACAGGAUAAAGAUGGUGGAGAGCAGAUCAACUCAGGAACAAGUUCACUUAAGAUACUUAAUACUUCAGUUUUUUUAUUUCACCAAUCUGGGGUCUGUACAAGAAUUCUCCCUAUUAUUCCUCAAAUGAGGGUUGGGCUGUACAGUAUCAUGCCAUCUGAUUUCAUUGGGUGCUGUGGACAUCUCUGCAACCUAUCCUUGUUACCUUGACUUUCUUAUCUUUAAGUAGCUCAGUGGUACCGACCCUUUGAGCAAUGUUGGUUAGUGGGUCAAGAAAUUCCAUGAUUUUAUGGAACCCAAUUGUUUAUUACUAACUUCACAAAUACAUAUAAUCAAUUGCUAUCUCACUGUCUGACUCCAGACAUUUUCUGACACAUUUUAUUAAUUUUAUGGUAAUUCUUUUCCAAACCCUAGUCUGGAGACAACUGUCAGCUGUUCAUGACUGAUUAUUCAAUUUAUUUGCCGCUAUCCACUGAAUCUGGAGACUGUCUCGUGUCUCCUCGGGAACUUUGUACUGGGCAUUGCUGAAAAGUUCAGUUGAUCAUAUUCUUGAGUUGCAGUACCUCAGUCAGGAAAGAAACCAGGUACAGAAUAAGUGGCCAGGUUUAUCUUUCCAGCAGGGCAUUGUGAUCUAUCUUUUCAACAUUACUGUGUCCAGAAUGACUGUGGGGCUCACCCAGCCUUGUAUGUAAUGUGUAAAAGCAGAUUUCAUUCCUAGGGAUAAAGGCAGAUGGAACACAAGACUGACAACUCAACUAAAAUUAGGUAUAAAGUUAAGAAUGCCCAUACACCCUACGUCACAGAACAGUUUUAACCUUUAUCUACUUAUUUAACACACAUGUCGGCUUUCAUUACCAAAUGAGUAAAGAUUUGUCAUUCUUGUGGGUCAUUAUUACAGGGAUAUCAUCAAUAAGUGAUUAUGCAGUUUUUUGUGAACCAAAUAAAAUAGUCAGACUUCAAAAGUUCUCAAGUAUUCACUUAUGUUAGAAGGAAAAACAAAAGUUGCAUGAAAUAACAAUGGCUGCAGUACAGGUACAAAAAAACUCCUUGGAUUUGUUCAACAGGAAGGGAGUUUUAUGCAGUCUGUGACCAUUUUUGUUUCUAUCGUUACUGGUUCUGAACACUUUAAUUUUUCUUAUGUGUGCAUGGACAUUUGUUUUCUACUUAAUCAUGAGAUAAGCAGACACUACAAAUAGAAUACAUGAAGAAGCUUACACAUUUUUCCAUGACUUAGUAAAACUGGUUGUCUUUGUGUGAUCAUGUGUCCUUGUACUACUGCUUCUCAAAUGGCUGUGCGUAAUGUUUUAUCUGCUAUCAAAUGAUUUCUACAAGUAUGUUGUAAGGCCACCAUCUGUAAGUUUUGAAAAUAGAUUACAGAGUCCAAUAUGGAGAUUUUAAAAGCAGUUCCAAGAACUACAGUUCAAAGAAUUCUUUGUGUGAAUCAUUUAACAAUUUGAAAUAUAAUAUUUUACACUGCUAUAGCAGAUUCCUUUUCUUAAUGGAGCUUGAGUAAAAACCACUUAGAAAAAUGUUAUGCAACUGGUUGGGAAGUGUGGGUUGGGCCAACUAUUUGUGGGCUUGGCCAAUUUUGGUCGGGUUAUGCGGUACAGAGCUAAACUCACAAGUGUUGGCAAGUGAUCAAAUAUGGCAACAGAACUGCUCCAAUACAAAUGUCUUGUAAAGCUGCUGAGCUGUAACUGAAGGCUGUCCCCAUCUUAUUAUUGUGAUUGACUGUUGUAUGUCCCAGCAGAUGUCAGGCUUCAUAAAAAAGGGAAUCAGUUAUAUGCAGCAAAAGAUGGAUGCUAUUGUUCUGUAUCUGUUGGUAACUGAACUCUGUCACUUAUGUAUAAUUUGACAGAAUAGCUGCCUGCAGUGCAUCAUAAAUGAAAUUUUCUGACCCACUUGAUAUUCUUUCAUUCGUGGCAGUAAUGAAAAGAACAGUUUUAUUGUUUUAAAUGGAAUACUGUAAAUGCCAUGUCCUUAAGUAUAAAGAAUACUGAACAGUGACCAAGAACAUAGCAAAAUUAAGCUUAUGCUAUAUGGAAUAUGGGCAUGGCCUGAGCAUGUCAUAUUGACAUUGAAAUUAUUAAAAUGCUGUAAAAUGUGCUGAGGUUAUGUAAGAUAGAAAAAUAUGAAAUGACAAUUAUGUGUAGUGAUAGAAACAAGAGUGGAAAGGAAGUGCGUAAAAUACUAUUUCAGCAUUCUUCUAGAAGUACAGAGGUAAAUCAACAAAUUUUGUCUGACUGUGGAGUGAUUCAAUGAAAUCCCAAAAUGAAAUUUGCAAUCAGCCAGUACAUGCAGUGAGGCAGCAGAUGCCUAUGUCCUUCCUCUGAUGCAGCUUUUACCAUGUGUGACAUAACCUCAAAUGUGAAGAUGCUGAAGUCUGAUGCAUAUAUAUUUUUACACAUAUCAAAACCAUUUCCAAAUUUGAGAAGAGUGAAUGAAUUGCUUCUAGUCAGUGUCUAGUGUACUUUGAUACACCUUUAGCCCUAUUCAGAAAGUUUAGCCAUAUUUAUUGUAAAGAUGACACAUCUUGAUUUUUGUAUGCCGAAAUUUUUCUCCUAAAAUUGUCGUGUUAUCCCUACAUAUGGAUCUGAACACAAACUCAGUAUCAGCAUUUAUAAAAAGUUCUGUUUUUAUAAUGUUCUCUUCAGAUGGUAUUCCGUAACAGAUUGUGGGUAUUCAACAAUUCAGGAACUUCCCCUUUGAAGUGGAACAAAUGUUCAUCACAGUCACAACAAAACAUGUAAAGUUUCCUAUUGUGAUCCUCUUCAGUUUAUUUUACAUCCUUGCAAUUAACUUAUGUAAGAUCAGUUUUUAAUAUUCUUGUCCCACUUGAUUUAAUGAGAUAUUUUAAACACAAUAUUGUAAGCACUUCCUAUCUUAUCCAUUCAUUUUAAAUGCCCGUUUGAUUUCAGCAUCCUUAAUUUAACCACCUUAAGAGUGUUUAGUGUAAAACAGAAGUAUGUCACUGUUUCAAAAUAAACAAGAAACAUCGCACAGACUUACUAUUAAUAGUCGUUUAAUUAUGAAACACGCGAUUCUAUGUUUAAUUUUACAUUUCAUUCUUCAGGUUCACUUUCAUAUGAAUAAACUUAAAACCUUGCAUGCCGUGCAGUGUUGAAUAUUUAUCUAAAAUGUAUAAACUCAUGCAUACAAACAAAACUGUUUACACUUUGAAAAAUACUUAGUGCCAAACGUGUUUUGACCUCAAGAGAUCAUCAGUGGCAAAAACAUUAAUUCUGUCUAUUAACUCAUACAAUAUAUAAGAAGAUGGUUUGUUAUAAAGCACUGAGUAAUAAAAGGUCACACUUUAUAAAACCAUACAUCAUUUAAUACCACACUGAACGUUUAGUUGCACAUUUAUUAAUGUUUUUGCCACUGAUGAUCUCUUGAGGUCAUAACGCGUAUGGUACUAAGUGUAUUUUUAUCUGAACCAAGAUUACAAUCCAAAUUAUAUACACUUCUCCCCAUAAUUCUAUGUAAAAUUGGUUUUUGAAAAUCUUACAUGCUUGACAGGUCUUUCAAUUCUAUUCAUUGUACAGUAGGAUAAGCAUAUUAAAAUUGGAAGAGGUUACAUUUGAAACUUCAAAAUUGUCAUGAAAGUCAAUAGAAAUUAAUAUAUGUGUAAGAUGAGGGAGGAAAAACCUCACUUCAUCGUCAAGCUUAAUAACUCAAAACCACAAGAGAGAAAACUGUAAUAUGUAUGGCUGAAUGUCUGGCAAUCAUUUGACAGUGCUUCGAUGGAAGGGUGAGAAUUGCUCUAUGCUGUAUUUUAGGUAUCUCAUUGAGGAUUCUUGUUAAGAAAUAACUUACAGAAAAUGAAUGUACUUGUAAAGGUCUUAUAAUGCAUUCAACAUUGGUAUCAUUUUUGGUUGUUAGGUUUAUGGAUUCACUAAUUGGUUGGCGGAGGGGGCUCAGUUGUUGAAGCUGAGGUGUGUAACUUGUACCCUUAGAUUAAAAUUCUGUUAUUUUAUUUUAAAUAUUGAUAGUACUUCAUAAUAUAUGAACAGUACUUACGUGCAGUCAUGAAAGUAAAAACACUACAUAACUUGAGCACAUUUCUGUGCAGCAGUGACAACAUAUUUCUUCAGUACUCUCCUUUUAUUUUUUGUUCACGCCUUCAUUUUUUGUUCUUGGCUGUAUUCAUGUUACUGUGUUUUGAUACAUUAAUGAACCAUGGAAUGUAUAGCUUCUUGUUGCUGAAGAAGGCAGAGAGGGUAAAAUAAGUAGCUUCAUGGCCAAUAUUUGCAUAUUUUUUGUGGGUUUAUUUUUCCAAUAAUUGCCACAAUAAACUGGUACAGUGGUAUUUUAAUACUCCAGUUGCAGUCUAAAUAACUUGUUAACCAUAUGUUUGCUACAGUAUCUGUUUAUUCUCAAUUUCACAUGCAAAUCCAAUACUCACAAAUCUGUUUUCUAAUGUGUGCAUACAGCUUUCAGAAUUAGAAAAGUUUGUAGACAGAUCUGUACAAAUUAUAUGAGACAAUACAUUCAUACAAAUUUACCACAGGAAUUGUCACCAUCUUUAAAUACAACUUUAAAAUAAUAUUUCAGGUACUCAACACACUUUUUUCCUUGUUAAUUUCUCAACAUAAUUUUAAACAUUUUUAACUUUAAUGACUUUCUAUUUGCUCAUCUCAUGGUUCUUGGUUUAAGUGCACUUAAAGUUGCAUUUUGCAGACAGUAUAAAUCAAUUUUAUGUAUGAUGAGGUUUCAGUGUAAUUUUUUUCAAAGACUGGGUUGAAUGUCUGUUGCUAUGGUAAAGAUGAGUUUGUGUUCAGACACUGGCUUUGUAUUUGCUAGAUCAUUUUGUAAUUUUGUAUAUAAAAUUGUAUAAUUCAACAUUUUGUAUUCCUCAGCACAUACUAUUAUCAAUGAUGAUUAUGUAUUUAAGCUGCAUAAACUUAAAUGAAACAUU